AUGGCUCUCUCCCAGCGGGCACAAACUCUGGCCGAUGCGGGCCGCAAUAACCCAUUUUGGAACGUCAUGAAGGAUAUCUGGUCCCCGGCCAACCCCAAUGGAUACGUCAACGUGGGCAUAGCCGAAAACUCGAUGAUGCAUGACGAGCUACUGAAGUACAUCAACGAAAGACACGAACUGCCGGUCAAGUACCUCACAUACAAUGACGGUGGAUCCGGUUCCUCCAGAUUGAAGGCGGCUAUCUCCGGCUUCUUGAACCGCCACAUGAAGCCAGUCACACCUCUGGAGCCUGGUCAUGUCACAGCAACGAACGGGGUCUCCCCUGCUAUCGAGCAUGUUGUAUGGUCAUUCGCCGAUGCAGGUGAAGGAAUUCUCCUCGGAAGACCGUACUAUGGCGCUUUCAUACCAGAUAUCUCACUGCGUCUAGGAGGCUCCGUCGUCCCUGUCAGCUUUGGAGAUCUUGAUCCGCUCAGCGCCGAGGGCGUGGAUAAGUACGAAGAAGCUCUGCUCGAGUUCCAACAGAGGACGGGCAAGAAAGUUAGAGCCUUGAUGCUUGCGCAUCCGCACAAUCCCCUCGGACGCUGCUAUCCCAGGGAAGUGCUCAUCAAACUCAUGGAGUUCUGCCAGAAGUAUCAAGUUCAUUUCAUCAGCGAUGAAAUCUAUGCUCUUUCUACCUUUGAGAAUACUGUUGACGAGCCACCGCACGUCAAAUUUGAAUCAGCCCUGUCGAUCGACACAACCGGCAUUAUCGACCCUCGUCUGGUCCAUGUCCUGUGGGGCAUGAGUAAAGACUUUGGUGCAAAUGGAAUACGACUCGGAGCCAUCAUCUCACAGGCUAAUCCUGAUGUCCAUACGGCGUUGACUAUGCCAUCCCUGUAUACCUAUGUUUCUGCACAUACCGAUUAUCUGGCAUCUAUCAUUCUUGAAGACUUCGCCUAUACGGACUGGUACCUUCACGAAAAUCAAAAGAAGCUAUCCGAGUCAUACGCACAUACGACGAAAUACCUGAAAGACCACGGAAUUGAAUAUGGCACUGGAUGCAAUGCUGCAUUCUUUGUUUGGAUGAAUCUUGGCAAGAAGUACCGAGAACUUCACCCAGAAGAUGAGUGUGAGGAUAUUGGAGACAGAGUCAUGCAACGCCUCCUACAGAAGAAGGUGUUCUUGGUCAGUGAUUCUUUGGCCGGAUCGGAGAAGAGCGGAUGGUUCCGAAUGGUCUUCACGCAGGGGCAGCAACAUGUGGAUCUGGCAUUAGAAAGGAUCCUCGCAGCCAUGGACGAGUAG